UGCGGCUGGUUGCUAGGAGACGCGAAGUGUCCGUGUUGCUGAGGUUCUGAAGAAGAAGCUUGUUUUGGAGCGUAUUGAGCGUCAUUAUUGGAACAUGCGAAUUCACGUGUAGUGUGUGGAAGUUACCGGCUGUAAUGGUGAAGCUGAGGGCGAGGUGUCUGCUCGUCGGAGAUGCUGCAGUGGGGAAAAGUGCUCUCUCUCAUGUGUUCCACAGUGACGGCACUCUCUUCCAGAAGAACUACAGCAUGACGACUGGAGUGGAGCUGCUGUUGAAAUGUGUGAACAUCCCAGAGACCAACGACAGCGUGGAGCUCUACAUCAUUGACUCUGCAGGGAAGGAGACAUUAGUGGAGGCCUGCGAGAAAAUGUGGGGCGAGCCGUCGCUGCUGUGCCUGGUUUUCGACCUGACCAGUGAGCAGUCAUUUGCCAACUGCAGCCGCUGGAUGGAGCGAGUCCGUGCCCACUCCCGGGGUCUCCACGUUCCAGGCGUCCUGGUGGGCAACAAGUCCGACCUGUCCCCCAGAAGAGAAGUAGAAGCAUCCGUGGCCCAGGAAUGGGCCCAGAGCCAGGGGCUGGAGUAUCACGAGACGUCAGCUAGGGAGAUGGAGAACUGCGACGCGCCGCUCCUCAGUUUAGCACGAGCCUUCCAGUCUCUGUAUCGUGAACGUCAGGAGGCAAUACAGAACCUGAGUCCGGGCUGAACCUCUGCUCACACACACACACACACACACACACUGCUUUAUUUACCAAUAGGAUAGGCACAGUGUUUAUUGAAGAAUCAUUUCUGAUGGUUGAAGUGAGGUUGUAUGAGGAGCCGUGUGCAUAUGAACAGACUUCGCUGGUUUGGUGCUAUCAUGUGUAGAAAAUGCGACGGACAGUGAGGAGACGAUAUUAUUGUCUUCCUUUUAAACAGUCGGUUCAUUGUUGACGAUACAUUAUUACGUCUCCAGUGCAGGUCCUCUGGUGUUCCCUGUGGACCUCUGAGUAAAAUACCACCUAGUUCUAGGUUUGAAUUCUGUUGCCUUUUUAAACAUCACACAAUGUCGUCUGCAAGAAGAAGUCAAAAUCGUGAUUGUGAACUAACCACUGAUUUUUAACCACUAGAAUCCGCUCCUGAAACAAUAUUAUUGAUGCCUCUUGGUGGAAAAUGGCAUCUUGACGACGGUGCGGGGGAGUGACUGGUUUACAAACUUGCGCCGGGAAUCAGACGACAUGAAUUCGGGCCAAUUUUCAAGCGAUUUGGUCGCGACCUGACAACCUGACAACGAACGGGUGCAGUCUUUUCUUUUUUUGUGUCUGAACACAAGACCGCGAGCUUCACCCACAAAGCUUCGGUGACUCAACAACCUCACUUCACAAGAAUAUAACUUCUGUAAGGUUUAUGGAUGAUAAAUGUAAGACUGUACUUCCUGGGACAGACUCGAUAUUUUUGAAAUAAAGCUGUUUUUCCUUGACAGUCA